AUGUCGGACCUAACCUCCCUUAUCCAAUUAGCUGCUAUUUCUUACAAAUCGGGGGAUUUUCAAAGCGCCACGGAGCACCUUUCAGCAUGCUUAAAGCUCUCCACAAACGGAAAAGAGAUCGAUCAAUUGACUCCCAACGACAAUCUUUCUAUGAUUGCCUAUCUCCAUCUGAAAUACGGACAAGCCUUGCUUGAACUUGCCAGGGAAAAUGGAAAUGUAUUGGGAGAGUCCGUUGUAUCGAAACAGGCAACAAGCACAAGUAAUUAUGUAAAUACUGCAGAUGAGGAGGUGAUGAGCGAGUCAGAUGAAAGCUGCGAUAUGGAUUCUUCUAAAGAUGAUUCGGAGGGCAUGGACACCGGCACCGUUGAUCUGUCUAUCUGCGUUGACGAUAAGGCUCGGAAUGCUUUGCAAAUUGCAAACGAUAUUUGCGAUGAUCUGCAAUUAGCCUGGGAGGCCUUGGACACGUCAAGAAUCUUAUACCAGCGAAUAUCUUCUGAAAGGGCCAGUAUUGCUCUUAUAGAUGUCUAUGAAUCACUCUCUGAGGUAUGUAUAGAGUCUGAAAAUUGGAACCAUGCUCACGAAAAUCUUAAAUCGGCCUUGGACAUAUUGAUUUCAAAUACCUCUAUUUCGGGGUCCAAAAGAUUUAUGGCCGAAAUUCACUUUAAAAUGGCCCUUGUUUCCGAAUAUUCGUCCGAUUUUGAUGCUGCAGUUACGUUUUUAUCAGACUCAAAAGCAACGCUCAUGAAACAUUUGGAAGAGUCUCUUGAUGUCGAUGAAAAAUCGGAGCUGGAAGACAUAAUUUCAGACAUCGAUUCAAAGCAUCAAGUGACCACUGGUAGCGACAGUAAUGCCCUAGCGCUUCCAAUUAACGAUAUCAGCAGUUUGGUCAAAAAGGCAUCGACCAGCUAUUUGGAGAUACCUCUUCAAACUUCCAAGGUCUUACCUGGGCCUAAUAGUGAAAAUAAUAGGGCGAACUAUUGA